AUGGUGGCUCAUGUUGGUGAUUUUGACAUCUCUAAAAUUUUAGCCGUAAGCAAGUCCAUGGCACAUACCGAGACAUUGGGAACUCUUGGAUACAUUGCACUAGAAUAUGGCUCAGAAGGAAUAGUGUCCGCUAGUGGUAAUGUUUGCGGUUACGGCAUCAUGUUGAUGGAGGUUUUAACCAAAAGAAGGCCAACGGAUGAAGAGAUAUGCAAUGAAAAUCUUGAGUUGAGGAAAUGGAUAACACAAUCAUUUUCAGGGAGUAUGAUGGACGUUACCAACUUUUUUCCCGAGGAAGAACAAAUCCCUAGUAAAAGUGAAAUCUACAUAGCCUCCAUGAUAGAAUUGGCUUUAGACUGCACAAAGGAAACGCCAAAAACCAGAAUAAGCAUGAAAGAAGUAGUGAAGAUCAGGCUUAACAAAAUCAAGAACACAUUUCUCGAAACAUAA